AUGGAUCAGCAAGGACAAUCAUCACACCGAGCUCCAGGGGCAGAGCCGACAACCGUGGGUAAAAAGAAGAAGCGGUCACCUGGGAGUAUAUACGCCCUGGCUGCACGCCAGCGAAAGAUCCAGCAGCAGUACGCUAACCUUCAUCACCCACCGAGCAUGGAAGAUAUCUGGAUUUGUGAGUUCUGCGAAUAUGAGAGUAUCUUUGGCCGUCCCCCGGAGGCUCUUAUUCGGCAGUACGAGAUCAAGGAUCGCAAGGAGCGGAAGCGAUUGGCAGAGAAGAAGAGACUACUAGAGAAAGCGAAGAUGAAAGGUCGGAAGAACAAGAAGGCGACGAAGAACGUGACGAAGAAUGCGGCGGCUCAACCAGCGGCAUAUGAUCAGGGAUACGACCGGGCGUCUGUCGAUCAUUCCUCCAUGGGUGGGACAGGACUACAUGACGAUGAUUAUAUAGCAAAUGAAGACGACGAGGAAUCAGUUUCUGCGCCCCCGGCGCCACCUGCAACCCCGACUCUUGGUUUUUGCAUGAUCGCAUUUUAG